AUGGUGAUGCAGCUGCAGUUCCAGUGGCUGUACGCCGAGAUGACCAACAUCAGCCAGGCAGAGCAGGACCUGCAGGUGACGGUGGGGCGGGCCGCAGCCUACGGCGCCAUCUCCUCCAUUAUGGACGGCUUGGGUGUGGACGGCCACUCGUGCCUGCUGAGGGCGAUCUGCGAGGCCGCCGAAACGCCGCUACUGCACGACGGACUGCUCGGGGAGUUGGCACACCUGCUACUUUCCCCGGGCAACCAGGAGGAGGAGCUGCAGGAGCACAGGGAGGCGCGGGAGGCGGGCAGAGGCGGCGGGGGCGGCGCGUGCCUGCGGCGCUACGACGCCUGCCGCCCGGGCCACGGGCUGCUCGACGCCGUGUCCAAGCUCUUCACCGCCUGA